GGUGCUGAGCAUCCAGUUUGUGCUCCUGGACUGCUCCCACCUGAAGGCGGCAGUGGUCCAGCACUGCAUUGAGUGGCAGAACAAGCUCACCUACCUGUUGAAUGAGAAGGCCAGCAGCCGCCUGUGGGAGCUCCACACCAACCUGCAGGAUAAUUCUGCUGAGUUCUGCAACUGUUGGGAGACCUCAACUCAGAGUGGCUGACCUUCCAACAAUGCAUCCUGGACAGUGAAGUCAUGCUCAAGAAGCACAAGGAAAAGUUCAAGACAAGUCUGAUCCAUUGUGCAGAUGACUUGAAAAAGAAGGCCCAAAGUCUCCUUCAAGACUUCAGCACCAAUGGUCCUUUCACCAGUGCCUUGUCUGCUGAUGCAGCCCUAGACCAAAUUGCAGCCAUGAGGCAGUUGCUGGCCAAAUUGAAGGAGGAAGAGAACACUCUUCGCUCUAACCUGGGCAUCUUCAAGAUUGAUCAGCCAGCCUCCAAAGACCUUCAGAAGUUGGAGAGAGAGCUGGACUACAUUCAGCAAGUGUGGGAGAUUACAAAGGAGUGGGAGGACCACUGAAAUGAGUGGAAGAAUGUAAGCUUCAAGACUCUGAAGACAGAAGUGAUGGAGAACACGGCCUUUCACUUUUCCAGCAGCUGAAUAAGCUGAGUAAGGAGCUGAAGGUAUGGAUCAUGAACUCCCUGCCUCUGCAGAGGUACAGAGGAUGUCUUCCAAGCCCUGGAAGAUAACCA